UCUCGCUCUUCUGUCUGUAUUGCUGACCGUGGGGCCAUGCUGUUAUAUUUGGGGGCAGCAAAGUUUGUGCAAUAAAGACAACGACACCGUAUGUUCAGCCUCUGUACUACGGUUAGAAUAUCUAUGGACAGGGCGAGAAAAGUAACUUGAUAUCGCAUAAGAAAAAGUUACCUAUUCGACGUUGACUGUACGUGGAAGGAUUUUUUAUUCAAUGAAAAAACGGUGGAGUCACCGUUAGAAUUAAAUUCUCCCAAAUGUAAUUCGUAUUUGAUAGCUAUAGUUUAAGCUAAAGUAAUUCUAAACGACUGACUUUUCUACCUCUUGUUUUGAAAACCAGAGAUGCCUUCGUCUAAAUUUCCGGUAGUUCUGGGAAACGUGAAAGCAAUGGUAUGGCAAGAGUUCGUAGUAUGUCUUCGUGGUAAAAUGUAGCUUCAAAUGGAUUUGCGACCCAAGGUGAAUUACAAUAAAUAAUAAAAACAACUGCCCAAAAGACGUACGUGACAACUCUACUAUUUCCGGUCAUUUACCAUAAAGGCCAUAGUAGGUGCGCACUCCAAAUAAUCAGGUGCGCCUUAACUGUGGAAAUUUACCGACGUGUUUCAAACUUGCGACAGUGGAGGUAAACUUUGCAUCCAAGUGAGACGAAGAGAGAAAGAUGACGCGGCGCUAUAACUGUGCCACGUCUCGUUUCAGCGGAGAAAUGAAGAAAUACCCGCGAAAUAUCGCCGUGGUCUUCUUAGUAAGUUUAUUCCAUCUUUUAUCCUCCACGGCGGUGGCCGGGUUGUACACGGCGUCCGACCAGAUCAUCCUGCUCUCCCCCGACAACGUCAAGCCUGUUUUAGUUAACUCCAGUACCGCUCUAGUGGUGGAGUUCUACGCGUCGUGGUGUGGACACUGCAUCGCAUUUUCCCCUGUUUAUAAACGGCUGGCGAGGGAUAUUAAAGAAUGGAAGCCUGCAGUGGACCUUGCAGCUAUCGACUGUGCUGAUGAAGACAGCAGGAAGGUCUGCACAGGUUUUGGCAUCAGAGGAUACCCAACUUUGAAGUUCUUCCAUGCUUAUGGCCAGGAGGAUUCUGCUGGACGGGCUUUUAAAGGUUUCCCUCGUGAUGUCCGAGGUCUCCGACACCACAUCAUUGAUCAACUGGAAAACCAUCAAGAGCCGUGGCCUCCAGCCUGCCCCCCACUGGAGCCCACCAGUCAAGCUGAAAUUGAUAUCUUCUUAGAGACAAACAACAUCCUACACCUCGCCUUGAUCUUUGAGGAUGUCAGCUCCUACAUCGGUAGAGAGGUGACCUUGGAUUUGCUACAGUUUGAGAAUAUUGCAGUGCGCAGGGUCCUGAGUACUGAGGAAGGCCUUGUGACCAAAUUGGCUGUAACAGAGUUCCCAUCCUGCUACCUUUAUUACCCUGGAGGUAACUUCACCAGACUCAAAGUCAACAUUGAGGCCCGUGCUUUCUACUCCUUCGCCCUCCAAAGCCUUCCUGGUGUUGUACGUUCAGGGAAACCCCCACCGGUCACCACAGACCUUGUCAACAAACAGACGGAGGAUCCCUGGAGACCCUUCAACAGGUCUAGUGUGUACAUGGCUGACCUGGAGUCAACGCUGCACUACUCGCUACGAGUGGAGCUGGCUGCUCAUCCCGUCAUCACUGGAGAGGCGCUGACUUCUCUCAGAAAGUACAUCUCGGUCUUGGCAAAGUACUUCCCUGGCCGCCCAAUACUGAUGAACCUGUUAAAGUCCCUUAAUUUGUGGCUACAUAACCAGGCUGGUAACCAGGUUUCCUAUCAGGCGUUCAUGGAAAUCCUGGAAAAUUCAGCACAGGCUCCUGACACUGCAUUGCCCGAGGGCGUGAGGUGGGUGGGUUGCCAAGGGUCACAACCCCACCUGCGACGUUAUCCUUGUGGCGUGUGGACUUUGUUCCAUCUACUUACAGUCCAGGCCAUGAAGUCGGACCGCUCAGAUCCCCUGGAGGUGCUGAGCGCCAUGAGAGGCUACAUCCGUCACUUCUUUGGCUGCAGGGCGUGUGCCGAACACUUUGAGAACAUGGCUAAGGAAAGCCUGACAGAGGUGAACACGUACUCUGCUGCCAUCCUCUGGCUUUGGACCAGACAUAAUCGUGUCAACAACAGAAUAGCAGGUUCUUUGAGUGAGGACCCCAACUUCCCAAAGAUCCAGUGGCCGUCACCAGACAUGUGUGAAGCCUGUCAUGCCGUCAAGGACAACGGAGAACACAAGUGGAACAAUGAGCAGGUGCUACCCUUCCUCCAGACGUACUUCUCAGCCGAGCGCAUCCUCACAGACUACCUGGAAGAUGAAAAUGUAGUUCUGGCCAAGCAGAAAGAAAAACAUGUCAACCCGCAGCAAAUUCUUGAAGCUCAGAAGCAUGCUGAAAGGAGAGUUAGAGAUGCUGUUGCUGCUCAGACUCUUCCUCAUCUAGCACAUGCUGCUGUGGAAGAAGAAGAGGAGGGGGAGGAGGAGGAAGAAGAAGAAGAAGAAGAAGAGGAAGCUGAGGUGGUGUCGGAUGAAGAGGAGGAAGGUAUGGAUGGAGGAGCAGAGACGGAAGGUAAGACCCUGGAGCCGACACCCUGGACCGGAGAAGAAACAAAGCUGGCUUCAGAUCGGCGUCACAACAGCAGGAAGCCGAGCAUCGUUGGGAUGAAAAUGCGGGACGUGCAGGAGGACAUCGUGGACCUGGACUCGUUUGUCAACGAGCACUAUAAGGCCAAAGCCAUGCAGGUGGCCACCUCUAACCGCGUCAAACAACGCACCUUGCAGAGGAACAGGGAAGAACAAGACUCGGCCUUCGGGCUUGGAAUGGAACUGGACGCUGGGCUCGGCAUGGUGGGCCUGCAACCGCUGGAGCCAGAAUUUGGUCCCAAUAAGCACAUGCACAUGCAAAAGCGAGAACUGACGGGGCGCCUAUUUAGCAGCGACGAUGCCAGGCUGGGCCAAGGAGGCCGCUGGGUGUCCAUGCUGAACAUUGGCUUCUCCAAAGUGGACAUCAGCCUGUUUGUCAUUCUCUACUUCCUGUCCUCCAUGUGCCUCCUGGCCAUGUAUCUUUUCUUUCGGACACGUGUCAGGCUAAGGCGAGCCAAAGUAUCACUGCCCUGAUCCAAAGUGUCUUCUGGUUAGCGUUAAAGCGGAUGUCUCCGGAUUAGCUUGGCCCACUUAACUGCUUCCUACUGGAGUUCCCACUGGUCACCUGCUGGUCUGGUUCUGCUGCUCAGACUAGUUCUGGUACCUGGUUCUAGAGCUUUUCACCCCACUGAAGCAGGUGGAUGUUUAUUUUAUAUAUGAAGGUGAAUCAGGUUUUUAUUUCUCUUUGACCUUGUAAUGAAGGAAGGACAUUUCAGUGAAUGGAAUUACUAGAACCUCUCUAGUGUGAUUUCUAUGAAGUACUUUUUAAUUUUUUUUUUUUUUUUAGUUUUGCAGCAUUUUUGAACCCCGGUCAAAAAGUUUUUUUUUAUACAGCUAUUGUAUUGGAGCUCAUCGGCUGUAGAGGUGUUCUUGAAUAUUACAAUCAAUCGGAACUUGUGUUCUUCAAUUGAAGAUUGUUUUUACUGUUUGUAGCUCUUCUCACUAAACAGUGUUGUUUACUGGUAGGCUUCUCGUCUCGCAGCUCCUGUGCUGUGAGACGAUUACAUCAUACUGCUGAGUCGUAAAGACAGAUGCAGCUUUCAAGAAGAGUGCAGGGUGACUUAUGUGUUUUGGUGUUAGGACUAGAUUUGGUUUUGGCUGUGAGCUUGUCCACAGUGCUGAAUGAUUUUGUUUUUAUCAUUGAGGUCCACACAUACUGUUGUGGUUGUCAGACUAUAUUUUUUUAGAAUAUACAGAGAAAGAGAGCAGCUCAUCUGUAUUGGCUAAUGUGACAUUAAAAAGUGUUUCCACAA